AUGGAGACGGCCUCGCCCCAACAGUUCAUGAAGACGUCUGGCUCCACGGAUGCCGUUUGGAUCCACACCGAGCCUUACAGCAACCGUCCCCACUACCCUCGUCUCAACAAGGACCUCGAAACCGAUGUCUGUGUCAUAGGCAGUGGCAUUGCAGGCAUUUCGACAGCUUAUGAACUUGUCAAGCGGGGUGUCCAGGUCGUCAUGAUUGAGGCCCGCGAUAUUCUUUCAGGCGAGACCGGUCGUACCUCUGGCCAUCUAUCAAGCGAUCUCGACGAUGGCUACACCGAGAUCAAGUCAAAGCAUGGUGACAAAGGUGCUGUCAUGGCUUACGAAAGUCACAACUGGGCCAUCGAACGUGUUGGCGAAAUCUCCAAAGAGUUGGGCAUUGAGUGCGAAUACCGCAAGCUUCCUGCAUACAACGUUUCGCAAUACCCUCGUGGCGACAAGCAUCACGAAGAUGACGUGAAAGAGCUGAAAGAGGAAAUCGCGUACUCCAAGACGAUCGGAAUGAAUGCAGAGUGGAAGGAGGGCUAUGCUAUCAAGGGCUGGAACGGCCAGAUUGAUCAGCGUGACGCUGCCGUCUUCUACAACCAGGGCACAUUCCAUCCAACCAAGUACCUCCUCGGCGUUUUGAAGUGGCUUUCUCAGCAGCCUAACUUCAGCUGCUACGCCCGGACGCGCAUGUUGCAAUGUCAGGAGAAAGGUAUCGAAGUCAUGGGUUUCGGGUCCAAGGAGGUCAAAGUAACGACCGAGGACGACAAAACAAUAACCUGCAAGGAUGUUGUCAUGGCUACCUGUGUUCCCCUGCAGAAGCUCAGUGUCGUCGCCGAGAUGGAGUUCCAUCGCACCUACUGUAUUGCCGUGCGGAUUCCAAAGGGAUCGUACGAGGACUCACUCAUCUACGACACAGCCGACGCCUACAAGUACAUCAGAUUCACCGAGUGCGAUGAGAAGGAUGAUUACCUCGUGAUUGGAGGCAUGGACCACAAGGUCGGCCAGCAUGAGGACGAGAAGAAGAACUAUGAAGAACUGGAGACUUGGACUCGUGAACGCUUCACUCAAGUCGGAUCUACGGAUUACAAGUGGUCGGGUCAGAUCUUCGAGCCUGUCGACUGCGUCGCCUUCAUCGGACUUGAUCCUGGCACCAAGCAUACCUACAUCGUCACUGGUGACUCUGGCAAUGGACUGACGCACGGCGUCAUGGCUGGUCGUAUCAUCGCAGACCAGAUUACGGGUCAAGAGAAUGCAUGGGCGGAGCUCUACAACCCGUCCCGCAAGUCAAGCAUCGUCAAGUCUGCAAAAGAGAUGAUCACACACGACUUGCAGAUCAACAGCCAGUACAAGCGGCUGGUGCAGUCAGACAUCAACGAUAUUGAGGACCUUCUCCCUGGUACCGGUGGAGUGCUGAACCCCAAGACCAGCAAGCCUAUCGCUGUGUACAAGACGGAAAGCGGUGAAGUGAGAAAGAUGUCGGCACUCUGCCCUCACAUGAAGGGAGUUGUGUGCUGGAACCAUGCCGAGGCCAGUUGGGAUUGCCCUGUCCACGCAUCUCGCUUCUCCAGCGAUGGUGUCUGCAUCAUGGGACCAGCCAAGGGUAACUUGAACCCCGAGAACGAAGAGGCGAAGAAGGCUCUGCAGCAGGCAAUCCAGAACUAA